UUUUCUCGGAGAGGCUUCAGGACACGGCAGUGUGGAAGAGUCGGAUGUUGCUGUGAGAGUAAUAAAGUAGCCUGCGGUUCCUCUCACUCCUGAUCACCUUCAGCGGAUUCUCACAUCAGAGCAGAGCAGAGCAGUUUGUCGAACUUUAUGAAAGGCAAACAGACGGGGUUUUAAAUUCUAUUAUUAUUAUUAUUAUUAUUAUUGGCGUCAUUGUUGUCUGACAACUGCUCUACAGCCUCUUCAUCUCCAGGAGGAACUGCAACCAGGACUGGCCAUCACAUCGACCAGAUCAUCACGUCUUCCUCCAUUUUGAAACUGGAGAAGACGCUGAGUGAAUCCUGAAAACGGAGUAAUAGGAGCUCGGUCUUUGGCUGGAAGCCCAUUAACGUGAACAGAAGAAGAGUGAACUCCGGCAAACUGAUGAGAAUUUAAGAAGUGCAACAUGGCUAGUGGCUUCCUGUGCUGCUUGAAAUACAUGAUGUUCCUCUUCAACCUCAUCUUCUGGUUGUGUGGCUGUGGAUUGCUGGGCGUAGGGAUCUGGUUGGCAGUGUCUCAGGGCAGCUUUGCCACGUUUUCGCCCUCCUUCCCCUCCCUCUCCGCUGCCAACCUUAUCAUCGCUAUAGGCGCCAUCGUCAUGGUGACCGGCUUCCUUGGUUGCCUGGGUGCCAUCAAGGAAAACAAGUGCCUGCUCCUGAGUUUCUUCAUUGUCUUGCUGAUUAUUUUGUUGGCUGAGAUGAUUUUGCUCAUCCUUUUCUUCACAUUCUCCGAUAAGGUCAGUGAGAAUGCCAAGCAGGAUCUGAAAGACGGCCUCUCUCUGUACAACUCAGAAGACAAUGUUGGUCUGAAGAACGCCUGGAAUAUCAUCCAAGCUGAGUGGAAGUGCUGUGGUGUGACCGGGUUUACAGACUGGCACGAGGCUCUGCAAGAGAAGGUAGUGCCUGACCGCUGCUGCCAGGAGCACUAUCAGGACUGCGGCCGCAACGUCACCAACGAGUUCUGGAAGCGGGGUUGUUUUGAGAAGGUGGAGGAGUGGCUGGAUGAUAACAAGCACCUGCUCGGCACUAUUGCCAUGUGUAUCUUGGUUGUCCAGCUCCUGGGUAUGGCUUUUUCCAUGACGUUGUUUCAUCAGAUCCACAGAACAGGGAAGAAGUACAAUGCCUAGCCAGGCUCCAGUACAGACAGAGGCUUAUGGGACUGAUUCUGGAAGAAAAGCUCCUUAACAUCCCCCACAUCUCCUAACCUUAUCUCUUGUUCUCCCCCAAACUACUCUGUACAGACAUCAGCCAUGCGCUCCUUUUCUUCUUCUUUUCUCUUCUCUCUCAUGACACCACUCAUCUGCCAAAGAGAAAGAGAGACAGAAAGGAAGGAGUUCAAACUCUUUGGCCAAUAAAGCCCAUACUGGCUGUUUCUCUUUCACUACACUUUUUUUUUUUUUUGUAUGCUUGGACUAACAAUCGCAGGAAGGAGAAUAUCAUGACAACAAUAAACUGCAUUGCUCUACUAAUGUAUAAUUCCUAUCUUACAAGGAAAGAAGUUAUAGAUGACUAACCAUGCCAUCCUUUGGGUGGUGUGCUUUUUAGCUGUUAUUCACAUGUUCAAAUUCCCUCGACAGUGAAAAUGCAAAAAGGUUUAAUCCUGGCCUCUACAGUUUUCUGCUAGGUGGAAACCGGUAUCAUUUUAAUGGACGAUUAUUUGUGUUUUUUGUGGGGUUUUUUUUCUUUCUCUCUUUUUGUACCCCAGUCCUGUAAUUCUCAUCUUUAUGCAUCAGAGGAGUGAAGUGUUUCCUGAGUUAGCUGAGUAGGACUCUGGGUUGCUGUGGAUGGUCAGAGAGGGGCUUUGUGAGUUCUAAUUACUCAUAAACACAGAUUUAUACUGAAUGAUUAGAAAAGAAUGUACCGUAAGUUGAAAAAUUCAAGUGUGGAUCGAGCGUUAGAUCAGGACGUCAGAAUACUGCAGAUGUCCGUCUGUCAUUCCCCCCCGUGUUGAAAUACCCUGAUACACAGUCAUAAUGGCCUGUCUAAGUUCAGAUAAACAGCAAUGUGUGUAGUAAUAAUAUUUUCACGUUUUAGAGACAGUGCAUUAUAGGUUUUUUUCCUAGUUGUAAUAAUAGUCAAAAGUCGCAAAUAGGUGAAGGUUGAUCCAUCUUUCGCAUGCCGACUCCACAUUCAGAGCUAUGAAAAGUGUGCAAAGAGGCAUGUUACUGAAGCUAAGAAAGCAGUCUCCCUACACCAUUGACUAUUAAAGGACAAGGGUCAUACAUUCUUCUUGUUUCUGUAUACCUGAACCCUUCGUCAAAACUUUUCCCCUUCUUUCUCAUCUUUUUUUUCCAAGCAUUUUCAAGGCUAGGAUGUGCCACAGAGGUUAUAAUAGUUUUGAUUUCAACUGACAUUCCUGUUAGAUGAGCUGGUUUUGUAUUCAUACCUUUAAUUCAGAUACAGAUCUAGCAACUAUAUCUGUUCUGUCAUCUCUACCUGCUUUUCCUUAGAGAAGAGUGAAAGAUCCAAGACAGCGCUUUUAACUUAAGGUUUUGUAGGGUUUAAUUGCUGUCCAAAAGAGCAUCCAUUAUUUUGUCCAGACUGCAAUUGCUGUCUGACAUUCUGGCAAGAAAAGGGUCCUCUCUUAUCCAGCCCAGAACUCAGAUAGCAUGCCCUUUCCUAAAGUGUUCAAACUUGGAAAUAGUACAGGUUGUGCUGAGGGAAAAAAAAAGGGGGGGGACAACCAAAACACCACUCAUCUAAUCGGGCAUCAGUUGAGACAUAGUACUGCUGUUUACUUUAGUUGGGAAAAUUGGUUUUAUACAAUCAGGGACCAGAGGUGGUCAGCAGUUCAAAUUUUCAUCCUCGAUAUGCAGAAAAAUGGACAAAAUUUGUAUUCUGCUUGGGAUGGGUAUAGAACCGCUGUCACUAUGCAUUGCUGCUAUGUGAGAUGUUGUUUGAGGUUCUUAAGCGGUUAAGGAUGUGAGGAGAAAGAUUAACUCUAACACAAUAACUCCUGCUUGCUAACACCUGGUGGAUAUCAGGGCUGAUCGGGAUUAGCAUGGAGCUGAAAUCGCUGCAAAGUAAAAGCUGCACUAACAGACGCAAAGAGGAGCUGUGUCACAAGGUUCCUUUGGCCUCAAGUCAUAGUUUUAUGAAAAACAUUACUUGGAAUUUGUGUUUUUAUGCUUCAUAAUAAAAACUGAACUGUUAACGUGCUCAAUCUUUUACAUGGUGGAUAGCUGUUGUCCCCUGAUGUUGAUUGUGAAGGAGUUAGGAUAUAUAUCAGCUCUUACUGUAAUUUUACCUCCACAGUAGUGGACCUGUUGUUGUCAUAAACACAAAAUAGACUGCAGUCAGAUUAUUAACGUCACUUGUAAUGAGGUAUGACAUCAUGCAAAAAUGAAUUAAACUUUGUGGCCACAAGAGGUUUAAAUUUUCUAAAUCUACAUCUUGAAUUUUUAAUAAUUAAAUUUAUCCUUUACUGCCAUCCCACACUCAGUGUUUUUCCUACAUAUCAUCUCAGUUAUAACUAUGGAAUAUGAUGCAUGUGUUUAAUGACAUGAUGUUGCUUAUCUUUAUCUUUGGUUUGCUACAAAGUAUCAGAAAAGCUUUCUGUAAUAUCUAACUGCACAAGGGGAAACAAAAUCUGUUACUUUAAAGCAAGGGUUAUCUCUUUUUUUUUUGCAUUCUUGCAUUUUUUUGUAUAUUGGUUGUCAUUUUUCUGUUUUUAUUCCAUAUGUGAUUUUCAUUAUUGUAUUCUGUCCUAUAUUAGUUUUCUUUAAAUCUGAGUUCAGCACUAUGUGAAGAACAAUUGGCAUAAUUUUUUUUUUUUUCGGAAAGGCAUCAGUUCAAUUUCCUUAAUGUCAAGUCCACAGAAUGAAUUUCUGUUUGGUUUUCGCAUUGGGACAUAUUUAUGAUGGACUAAUACUUGCUGCACAUUCAAAAAGUGUUGGCAAGUGACCAUAUUUUAUAGUUUGGCAUAUAUGAGUGUACAAUAUGAUUUGAAGCCAAUAAACCCAUUGUAAUCUUUUCUAAAAGAUGUCUCUUUACUGUUCUUGAGCUGUUCUUCACACUGUGCUAAGCUCAGUAUGUAGUUAGUUCAUCAUCUCUGCUCAUUCUGAUUAUUACUGGCCGAACACAAAGACAGACUACACAAAAAGUUUGGCUUUUCUGAUUGUACAUUUUGGUAAAUCAUUUUCUCAAAUGCCAAUGAAACUAAUUUUAUAUAAUUUUCUCUGUUUUAUUUCUAUUAGCUUUUUUUUAACUUGUCAUUUUGAGAGCAUUAGGUAACUCUGUUUUGUCCAUGUUGCUGUUUGUCUACAUAUGUGCGAAGAAGCAUUAUAUCAGCAGUUCUAAAUAAUCGUUAUAUCCACAUGUUCCACUCUUUCUUUGAAGCACUGCCAGUAAAUAACUAAUUUGGUUAGAAAUAAGGGAUUUGGACAACUCAUUUCUGCCAUAUCUAUAUUUUUGUAUUAAUGUCCUGACCCAGCGCUAGGCUAUGUAUCAGAGUUGAAGUUUAAGCUUCUGAGUGAGGUGUUUAAUGUCAUGGUGUCUUGGCACUUCUAAUUUCAUGCCAACCCAGUUUUGUCCUGUGGAGUUUUUGCUACAUGUAAAGCACUAUAUAAAUAUCUAUGUUAGGUGGUGCACUAAAUGUCAUUCUUUAAAUCCUAGUAUUUUUUAAAUAAAGGAGAGUGUGUCGCAAAA